GCCGUCUGGUCUGGGGAAUUAGCGCAGGGACGAGCGCGCGCGCGGGUCCCCCACACAUCUGGGCGAGAGCCGCUGCCACUGGAACCGAGGGGGCAUAUCGGGAGCGACGGAUCCACCGCGCAGCUGGGGCCCUUCGAGGCGCUCGGGGCGCACAUCUGGGACCUCGCGAGGGGGCCACGCUGCGCGCAGCUGGACCAGGGGAGGGGGGGCUGCGGCUGCACAGCUGGACCGAAGAGGGCGGGGUCGGUCCUGGGCGGCUGGCAGCGCGGAGGGCCGCGAGUGGCCGGGCACUGGAGCAUGGGACGGCGCACCUGAAAGAGCAGGGGUGAAGAAGGGCCUGGGACCCUGAAGGGAAAAGAGGAGAGAAAGGGGCACGGGAGCAAAGGACGAAGAUGCAACUGACUCGCUGCUGCUUCGUGUUCCUAGUGCAGGGCAGCCUCUAUCUGGUCAUCUGCGGCCAGGAUGACGGUCCCCCUGGCUCAGAGGACACUGAGCACGAAGACCGGGAGAGCCAGCCCCGGCCUCGGAUGCCUCGCAAGCGAGGCCACAUCUCACCAAAGUCCCGCCCCGUGGCCAACUCUCCUCUCCUAGGGCUGCUGGCUCCACCUGGGGAGGCAUGGGGCGUCCUCGGGCAGCCCCCCAGUCGCCCGAACCACAGCGCGCCCCCGUCAGCCAAGGUGAAGAAAAUCUUUGGCUGGGGCGACUUCUACUCCAACAUCAAGACAGUGGCCCUGAACCUGCUGGUCACGGGGAAGAUCGUGGACCACGGCAACGGGACCUUCAGCGUCCACUUCCGACACAAUGCCACGGGCCAGGGCAACAUCUCCAUCAGCCUCGUGCCCCCCAGCAAAGCUGUCGAGUUCCACCAGGAGCAGCAGAUCUUCAUUGAAGCCAAGGCCUCCAAAAUCUUCAACUGCCGGAUGGAGUGGGAGAAGGUGGAACGGGGCCGCCGGAUCUCCCUCUGCACCCACGACCCGGCCAAGACCUGCUCCCGAGACCACGCUCAGAGCUCUGCCACCUGGAGCUGCUCGCAGCCCUUCAAAGUCGUCUGCGUCUACAUCGCCUUCUACAGCACGGACUACAGGCUGGUCCAGAAGGUGUGCCCGGAUUACAACUACCACAGCGAUACUCCCUACUACCCCUCCGGGUGACCCUGGACAGGCCACAGUGGCCGGGCCAGGGCUGGAAGGACAGGCCUGCCCACGCAGGAAGCCAUCUGUCUGGAUGCUGGGCAGGGAGGGGAAGGGGCCGCAGGCAGGGAGCACGGGGGCGGAGAGGAGGCGAUGCCAAGCAGGGCCAGGGCCAAGUCUCAGGCGGCGGGGAACGGGGCGCAGGUGCGGGCCCCAACGUGAGGUUGUGGAGUGACCAGGACACAGGAGCGCCAGGCCGAGGAGUGGGUUCUCCGGGCAGCCUCCUGGGGCUUCCUCGCUGACCUCCUGCUGGGUCCAGGAGGCCCGCAGUGUCAUCGAGAGGAGCCUAAAACCUUGGCUCCCUCCCUGCCAUCCUGAGAAAGAAUACAGGCAAUGAGGAGAGAGCUGUUUCAUCAGUGGGGAUACCAAGGGGCCCCUGCAGGAUGGCUGAGCUGGGGCGUCCAGGGCGCCAGCCCUGGGAAUCCUCUGGCUGCACCCAGAGGGCAGCCCUGAGCCCUCAUCCUGGACUGUGGACGGAGCUCGGCUUAAGGCUGAAGUGGUGACCCUGGGAGUCUUUGCUGUCUUGACAAAUGGACCAUCUGCCCCCAGCCAGGCCACCCCUUUCCAAAAUUCCUUCUCCUGCCAUUGUUCCCCGCUCCCACCCUCGUGCUGACACCCCGCCCCUUCCCCCACCCGUAAGCUGAUCCCGAGGGCAAUCCAGCACCCAGGCCGCAGGUGGAAGCCCGCCCUCAGCCACGUGCCCCUCCUCCACCCCCACCCCUUCCCCGCUCCCCAGGGGAGCAUCCUGGUCCAGCGAAGGCGCCUUCCAUAGCCAGCCUUGCCCAUGAGCCUGGGAUUUCACUGGCCAGGAUAGAGAUGCUGCCUCCCUCGUGGCCAGAAGGACCAGGAGCAGCUCAGCCCAGGGAGGCCGGGCUGUGGAGGGCGUGCUGGACCUGCCCCGUCGUGUCUGUCUGUAGGGGGGAGGGGGGAGGUUUCGUGAAAUCACCUGACCGUCGACGUCUGUGUGCAGAAUUUUGUUCUUGGAGCAGAGAAUAAAGCUUUCCCAGGGCA